UUGGCCUCACCGUUGUCAGAACUGGAUUUGAGUUUCAGUUUUAUUAUUUAUUUUUGUUGUUGUUGUUAGCUGAGUAAAUGUACAGAAGUUACUUAUCAGUAUCAGUUAAUUGUCAACUGCAAAACAGCAUUAGUGACAUCCAUUUCUUUGGGUUAUUGUGAAUAUCAAAUAUUAUUCCUUAAGUACAUUUUGAGGCAAGUAUGCUCUUAGUUCCAUUUUGGACUUUAUUUUAGAUAAUCAAACCAAUGCCUCACAUAUGAGACAUAGAAAUGUCCAGAAGAAACUACACCGAAGUGACGGAAUUUGUUCUCUUGGGUCUAACAAGCCGACCAGAGUUGCGAGUUGCUUUCUUUGUGUUGUUCCUUUUUGUCUACAUGGUCACUGUGGUAGGAAACCUGGGCAUGAUUGUUUUAAUCAAAAUUGAUUCUCGACUUCACACUCCCAUGUACUUCUUUCUCUCAAGCUUGUCUGUUUUAGAUCUGUGUUUCUCCACAAAUGUCACUCCCAAAAUGCUAGAAAAUUUCUUAUCCAAGAAGAAGACCAUUUCGUAUGCAGGUUGUUUGGUGCAGUGUUAUAUUGUCAUUGCUGUGGUCCUCACAGAGCACUGCAUGUUGGCAGUCAUGGCGUAUGACCGCUACAUGGCCAUCUGUAAUCCACUGCUCUACAGCAGCAAGAUGUCCAAGAGUGUCUGUGUCCGCCUGGUGAUUGUCCCUUACGUCUAUGGCUUCCUCCUCAGUGUGAUGGAAACCUUGAGGACCUACAACCUCUCCUUCUGUGGUGCUAAUGAAAUCAACCAUUUCUACUGCGCUGACCCUCCUCUUAUCAAACUGGCAUGCUCUGACACCUACAGCAAAGAGCUUUCGAUGUACAUAGUCGCUGGCUACAGCAACGUCCAGUCCCUCCUGAUCAUCCUCACGUCCUACAUGUUUAUCCUUGCAGCUAUCCUCAGAAGCCGUUCUGCAGAGGGGAGGAGAAAGGCUUUCUCCACAUGUGGCUCCCACUUGACAGUAGUCACAAUCUUCUAUGGAACCCUCUUCUGUAUGCACUUGAGACACCCCACAGAGGAGUCCGUGGAGCAGGGGAAGAUGGUGGCCGUGUUUUACACCACGGUGAUCCCCAUGCUGAAUCCCAUGAUCUAUGGCCUCAGGAACAAGGAUGUGAAAGAGGCCUUGAGAAAAGCAACAGGAAAGCAGAAAUCGGGGAAAUGA